AUGAGCUCCAAGAAAUAUGCCCUCCUGCCGAUGGACGACGACGAGGUCGGCCCGCAAAAGGUGGCCAGGGUCAAGAAGCACAGGCACGGCGGCCAUCGCGAGGCUCGCGGGGAUCGAGAACGAGAACGAGAUGACAGGGCCUCCCGAUCGUCGAGGUCGAGGCACGACGAUGACCAACGCCGCUCCAGGUCGCCUCGAGCAUCCCGCGGCAGCCGCUCCAGGACCUUUCGGGCUCGUCGGCACGGGGACGACGCCUCCGAGGACCGCUGGGGUGACGACGAGGUGCCCCCCUCCCCCGACGACGCGGCGGCCGACGUCGACGAUUCGGCCGAGUUUCAGGAGUCGGCGAGCAAGCGGCUCAAGCUCCGGCACGACGAAUCACGCGAGGAAAUGCUCUCGGACGGCGCCAAGGAGGAGCUCGAGAGGCAAAAGGACAUCGAGGAGAGGGAGGCCUUCUCCAAGAGGCUGAGGGAAAGGGACGACGGCCGGUCGAAGAAGCGCCUGCGCGACGGCGAGGCUUCCUCCCGCCAGCGGCUCGCCGAUGACGCCCAGGCGAGGGAGGCGGCCAUGCCGGAUCUCCGGGAGCGGUCGCGGCAGGAGUACCUCAAGAAGCGGGAGACGGAGCGGCUCGCCCUCCUCCGCAAGCAGGUGGCCGAGGAGACGGCCGAGCUGCGCGGCGGCGUUCGCCUCUCCGACAAGGAGCGGGCCGAGUUCGCCAAGAACCGCGAGAUCCUUCGACUGGCCGAGGAGCGUCUGCGCAUCGACGACCACCGGGACGGCUACGUCAUGCCCGAGGACUACAUCACCGAAAAGGGCAAGCUGGAUCGGAAGAAGAAGGAGGAGGCCCUCUACAAGCGAUACGUCGACCGCGACGAGUACGGGCAGGAAAAGUUCGUCACGGAGCACGACGAGUGGGAGCGGGAGCAGACGACCAAGGCCCAGGCCCAGAUCCGGCGUCCCGACCAGGAGGACGUCGACGACGAGUACGGCUACGUCAUGGACGACGCCCAGUACAUCCGCUGGAGCCUCGACUCGCGCCUCGCCGGCGAGGGCAAGAAUCUCGCCAAGACCAAGGAGCAGCUCUUCCUCGACGCCCAGAUCGAGGCGGCCGAGAAGCAGGCGCUGUCGAUGCAGGAGACGCGCCGGAGCCUGCCCAUCUACCAGUACCGCGACCAGUUCCUCGCCGCGCUCGAGCAGUACCAGAUCCUCGUCAUCGUCGGCGAGACGGGCAGCGGCAAGACGACGCAGCUGCCGCAGUACCUCCACGAGGCCGGCUACACCAAGGACGGCCGCAAGGUCGGCUGCACCCAGCCGCGUCGGGUGGCGGCCAUGAGCGUCGCCGCCCGCGUCGCCGACGAGGUCGGCGUCAAGGUCGGCAACGAGGUCGGCUACUCGAUCCGCUUCGAGGACUGCACGAGCGACAAGACGGUGCUCAAGUACAUGACGGACGGCAUGCUGCUGCGCGAGUUCAUGACCGAGCCCGACCUCGCCGGCUACUCGGCCAUCAUGAUCGACGAGGCCCACGAGCGCACCGUCCACACCGACAUCCUGCUCGCCCUCGUCAAGGACCUCUCGCGCGAGCGGCCUGACCUGAAGCUGCUCAUCUCGUCGGCGACGAUGAACGCGACCAAGUUCUCCGAGUACUUUGACGACGCGCCCAUCUUCAACAUCCCCGGCCGCCGCUACCCCGUCGACAUCUACUACACGCCCGCGCCCGAGGCCAACUACCUCGCCGCCGCCAUCACGACGACGUUUCAGAUCCACACGACCCAGGGCCGCGGCGACAUCCUCAUCUUCCUCACCGGCCAGGACGAGAUCGAGGCGGCCGAGCUCGAGCUCGCCGAGACGGCGCGGAAGCUCGGCAGCCGCGUCAAGGAGCUCGUCAUCUGCCCCAUCUACGCGAACCUGCCGUCGGAGCUGCAGGCCAAGAUCUUCGAGCCGACGCCCGAGGGCGCGCGCAAGGUGGUGCUGGCGACCAACAUCGCCGAGACGAGCCUCACCAUCGACGGCAUCGUCUACGUCAUCGACCCCGGCUACGUCAAGGAGAACAUCUACAACCCGGCCACGGGCAUGUCCAACCUCGUCGCCGUGCCCUGCUCGCGCGCCUCGGCCAACCAGCGCAGCGGCCGCGCCGGCCGCGUCGGCCCGGGCAAGUGCUUCCGCCUCUACACCAAGUUCGCCUACAUGAACGAGAUGGACGAGUCGACGACGCCCGAGAUCCAGCGGACGAACCUCAACGGCGUCGUGCUGCAGCUCAAGUCGCUCGGCAUCAACGAGCUGCUCGACUUUGAGUUUAUGGACCCGCCGCCGACCGAGGCCCUCAUCGGCGCUCUGAACCAGCUCUUCGCCCUCCAGGCCCUCAACCACCGGGGCGAGAUGACGAAGCUCGGCCGCCAGAUGGCCGAGUUCCCGACGGACCCCAUGCUCGCCAAGGCCGUCCUCGCCGCCGACGGGGAGGGCUGCGUCGACGAGGUCCUCUCCGUCGUCGCCAUGCUCGGCGAGGCCUCGGCCCUCUUCUUCCGGCCCAAGGACAAGAAGAUACACGCCGACAGCGCGCGCAACCGGUUCACCGUCAAGGACGGCGGCGACCACGCGACGCUGCUCAACGUCUGGAACCAGUGGGUCGACAGCGACUUCUCGCCCGUCUGGGCGCGCGAGAACUUUCUGCAGCAGCGGUCCCUGACGCGCGCCCGCGACGUGCGCGACCAGCUGGCCAAGCUGUGCGAGCGCGUCGAGGUGGCGCCCUCGACCUGCGGCGCGAGCAACCUGCGUCCCAUCAAGCGGGCCAUCACCGCCGGCUUCUUCCCCAACGCCGCGCGCCUGCAGAAGAGCGGCGACGGGUACCGGACCGUCAAGAACAACACGUCGGUCUGGAUCCACCCCAGCAGCGUCCUCAUGGCCGCCGACCCGCCCGAGAAGAUGGUGGUGUACUUUGAGCUCGUCCAGACGACCAAGGAGUACAUGCGCAGCGUCAUGCCCAUCGACCCGCGCUGGCUGGCCGAGCUGGCGCCGCACUUUCACAAGAAGAAGGACGUCGAGGCGCUCGAGGAGCGCAAGAUGCCGAAGCAGCGGCCGCAGUGA